GUUUCAUUAUUGCUGGUAUCAUGUAAGUUUCUGUUGUAUUCUUAGUAGAUUGAAACGAUAUUUUUUUUACAAAACUGCGUACUACUACUGAUUAAAUGAGAUGAGUAAGUUGUAUGCCACUCAACCAGUCAGUCUGAUAAACUAAUUCGAUUCUGUAUGUUGAGCUAUCCCAGGUACACCUGUGUAAUGAACUCGACCCCCAACGAGCAAACUAGCCAUCUGGUGUUAUAGAUCAGCACAACCUUGCUGGCCAGCAAACACUUCUAGUUAAUUUGGGUAGUAUUCAUCUGAGUCAAUCAGUUGUAUGGAUUUUGAAUGUAAAGAUGCUUACCUCCUUGAUUACCAUUAAUGGUAACAGAGGUUACGUGGUUUCCAAAGGAAACUAAUGUGAAAUGUCAACACUUGAAUUGUAUAGAUUGCAAAUUACUUAACUAAUUGGGAAAUUGUGAAUUCGACAUGAUAUUUUAUUAAUCUAUAUUGCUAAUAUGAUUAAGCUUAAUAUUGUGACAAUUAUUGCAUAGUUCAGGUUGUAGAUGUUUAAUUCUCUUUGGAUUGAAAUGCAUCUCCAAGAUUGGGGCGUAGGGUGUUUAACAUCGAAACAAAAGAAGAAGGCACAGAAUGUGUUGUAUAGCUUCGUAUAUCAGACAAUAUGAAAUGUCAAUUCAUAGUGGGGUGUUCACUUUCAGAAAAAGUAAAUCCUUUGCUUACCUGUACAUUUAUGAUAUGGUUGAGAAAUUAAUAUGAAAACGAAUUACAUAAACUAGAAAUAUUUUGUUUGACAUAUGUAUCAGAGAUCUCAAAUAUAGGUCGAUUAUCACAAUGUCUUCCUGGAGAAUGCGACUGGACUUCAAUCCAUGAUGUAGGUGUGGACUGCGAAUUAUUUUUUUCAGUAUCUCUGUGCGUUUGCAUUAUCCUUACAUUUAUCCUAUUUGAUUUGACAGACGUUUUUGUGUGGUUGUGUUAUUUGAGUUGAAUAUUUUAAUUGUAAUGCUUUCACUGCGUAUGUAGAUAACAUAUUCAGUGCUGACCUAUUAAAGAGAAAUUCACUUUAUGCUGAAGUCAGUAACGCAGGCUGAGGCUCUUCUCUUUAUUGAGGCUCUUCAUUUAAACCAUUCAAUUUAAUGGACACUAUAAAUAUGCUAUAUUUAUUCAUCUUAGUUAACGCUUUUUUGUAACAGUUUCUUUUUACACAAAAACUUCUAAUGUUUCUUAAAGGUGAUGCAAGUGCCUUGUGGAAUAGUCUGAAAGAGAGAGUCGAAAGUGGUGAAUUUUUCUUUGAUCUGUACCUGCUCAUAUACAACUUCUUUCGAUAUUGUUUCCUGGAUUUUGAUAAUCUUCGCGAAGCUUUCUUUCCUUCACGUUUCUACGACAAGAGUCCUGUUAGUUUCGAAGAAAUACUGAAGGCUUUUGCAGGAUGACUGUAAUAUAGUGAUGUUUUUACGUGUAGUUUUUUUAACAUCGUAUGAAUGCAUUCUUUACAGUUAUGCCUCUGUUUUCGUGAAAUACUUAUUAAUCUUACAAGGGAAUUAUAAUUGAGGACUACAGAUUUUUUGUAAAUGCAAAAAACACGUUUCUCAAAAUGUAAAAAGGUUUUAUGCCUCAAUAAAUACGCUUUAAAAUAGCUAAUACAAACGUGCAUUGGUAA